UACUACCCUUUUAGAAAGAGAAAAUAUAUAUAUAGAUACAUAACGUGUUGUACGUAUCGAUCGAGCGAGAAGAGAUCUAGAUAUAGAGAGAGAAAGAGAAACGAAGAUCAUAAGAGAGAAUAAAAGAUGGCGAGUAUUAGUAUGGAAGAGAUAAAGAAUGAGAAUGUUGAUCUCGAGCAUAUGCCGGUGGAGGAAGUGUUUGUUCAACUGCAGUGUUCGAAGGAAGGGUUGACGAACGAUGAAGCCGAAAAGAGGCUCAAUGUUUUUGGUCCAAACAAGCUUGAAGAGAAGACGGAAAGCAAGUUUCUGAAGUUCUUGGGUUUCAUGUGGAAUCCUUUGUCAUGGGUUAUGGAGAUGGCUGCCAUUAUGGCAAUUGCUCUUGCAAAUGGACAGGGCAAACCCCCGGAUUGGCAAGAUUUCGUCGGUAUCAUAGCAUUGUUGAUCAUCAACUCCACUAUUAGUUUCAUCGAAGAGAACAAUGCAGGCAAUGCGGCAGCAGCUCUAAUGGCUGGCCUUGCUCCGAAGACGAAGGUAUUGCGAGACGGGAGGUGGGGCGAGCAAGAAGCCGCGAUCCUCGUCCCCGGUGACAUCAUCAGCAUCAAAUUGGGUGACAUUGUGCCCGCGGACGCUCGUCUUCUAGAAGGCGAUCCCCUCAAGAUCGACCAAUCGGCACUCACGGGAGAAUCUUUGCCAGUGACUAAGAAUCCGGGGAGCGAAGUCUUCUCCGGGUCCACAUGCAAGCAAGGAGAAAUCGAGGCCAUUGUCAUCGCCACCGGCAUCAACACUUUCUUCGGCAAAGCCGCACAUCUCGUCGAUAGCACCCAAAAUGUCGGCCACUUCCAAAAGGUGUUGACGGCGAUCGGUAACUUCUGCAUAUGCUCAAUUGGCAUCGGCAUUGUGAUCGAGAUAAUUGUAAUGUACCCGAUCCAGCAUAGGAGGUAUAGGGACGGAAUCGACAAUUUACUUGUCCUACUCAUCGGAGGAAUCCCCAUCGCCAUGCCGACUGUGCUAUCAGUCACCAUGGCGAUCGGGUCCCACAGGCUAUCGGAACAAGGCGCCAUCACCAAGAGAAUGACGGCAAUUGAAGAAUUGGCCGGAAUGGAUGUUUUGUGCAGUGACAAAACCGGAACUCUUACUCUCAACAAGCUCACCGUCGACAAAUCCCUAAUCGAGGUAUUUAGCAAAGAUAUCGAUGAGGACUUUGUAAUACUUAUGGGGGCAAGAGCUUCCAGGGUGGAAAAUCAAGACGCGAUCGAUACUUGCAUCGUUUCGAUGUUGUCCGAUGCCAAAGAGGCAAGAGCGGGAAUAACGGAGGUGCAUUUCCUUCCGUUUAACCCCGUCGAGAAACGUACGGCUAUUACUUACAUCGACGGCAACGGAAACUGGCACAGAGCUAGCAAAGGUGCACCCGAACAGAUCAUCGAUCUGUGCAACCUUAAGGAGGAUGUGAAGAAGAAAUGCCACUCCAUCAUCGACAAGUUUGCCGAGCGCGGCCUUCGCUCGCUAGCCGUUUGCCAACAGGAUGUUCCGGAAAAGACCAAGGAGAGCGCCGGAGGGCCGUGGAGCCUCGUCGGUCUCUUGCCCCUAUUCGACCCCCCAAGAACCGACAGUGCCGAGACAAUCAGGAGGGCCCUACAUCUCGGUGUCAACGUAAAGAUGAUCACCGGAGAUCAGCUAGCUAUCGCAAAGGAAACGGGACGAAGGCUCGGAAUGGGUACAAAUAUGUAUCCCUCGUCGUCGCUUCUCGGCCAGCACAAGGACGAGAGCAUUGCUAAUAUUCCCGUCGAAGAACUCAUCGAGAAGGCCGAUGGAUUUGCCGGCGUCUUUCCCGAGCACAAAUACGAGAUCGUGAAGAAGCUCCAAGAAAUGAAGCACAUCUGCGGGAUGACCGGGGACGGCGUGAACGAUGCCCCUGCCCUAAAGAAGGCCGACAUCGGGAUCGCAGUCGACGACGCCACGGACGCGGCCCGCGGCGCAUCGGACAUCGUCCUGACGGAGCCCGGGUUGAGCGUGAUCAUCUCCGCGGUCCUGACGAGCCGGGCCAUCUUCCAGAGGAUGAAGAACUACACAAUCUACGCGGUCUCGAUCACCAUACGUAUCGUCCUAGGGUUCAUGCUCCUAGCCCUAAUCUGGAAGUUCGACUUCCCGCCCUUCAUGGUCCUGAUCAUCGCCAUCCUCAACGACGGCACCAUCAUGACCAUUUCGAAAGAUCGAGUGAAGCCGUCCCCCAUGCCCGACUCGUGGAAGCUGAACGAGAUCUUCGCCACCGGAGUCGUGUUCGGUACUUACCAAGCCGUUAUGACCGUCGUCUUCUUCUGGGCCGUUAAAGAAUCCACUUUUUUCACGGAGAAAUUCGGUGUGAGGCACAUAGGCGAAAACAACGAAGCGCUGAAUUCGGCUGUUUAUCUUCAAGUGAGUAUCAUCAGCCAGGCCCUAAUCUUCGUGACUCGAUCGAGGAGCUGGUCGUACGUCGAACGCCCCGGUCUUCUUCUCGUGGCCGCCUUCUGCGUAGCUCAGCUGAUUGCCACUGUAAUUGCCGUGUACGCAAACUGGGGGUUCGCGAGGAUCGAAGGCAUCGGAUGGGGAUGGGCCGGAGUUAUAUGGAUAUACAGCGUCAUCUUCUACAUCCCACUCGACAUCUUCAAGUUCCUCAUCCGAUACGCACUCACCGGCAAGGCAUGGAACAACAUGAUCAACAACAGGACGGCAUUCCAAUCGAAGAACGACUACGGGCGAGGAGAGAAAGAAGCUCAGUGGGCUUUGGAGCAACGCACUAAGCACGGCCUCCGUCGACCGGAGAACACGGAGCUGUUCAACGACAGGAACAACUACAGAGAGCUGUCCGAAAUCGCCGAACAGGCCAAGAAACGGGCUGAAGUCGCACGGCUGAGAGAGCUUCACACGCUGAAGGGACACGUGGAGUCGGUCGUGAAGCUAAAGGGACUCGACAUCGACAAUAUUAACCAGCACUACACAGUUUAAAGAGCAUGACAAUUUUCUGCGAGAGACUGGAGAGAACAGUUGUAAUAAGUUGAAUUUUCUUCUUUUUUUUUUUUAAUUGAAUUUUCAGCAUUAGUAUUUUUUUCUAGUGCUGUAAUAAGCUUAAUGAUCUCCAGUUGAUGGAAUUAGUGAAUUUUUUGGGUAGGCGUAGGUCAUAAAUUAUAGACUGAGCAUUCAGCCAGAAGUUAUAGUGAGAAAUAAUGUUGUUUGGCGCACGUGCGAGUUGUGUCGUCUGUAAACUCUGGCUUGUAAUGGCAAUUCUUCUUUUUUGAAA